ACACUUCUUCCCCCCGAGACGAGAGGUAGAAGAGACCGACCCCAUAUUCUUCCCUCACGGCUCCCUCCAUAUCCUGGGAUCUCAAUUCUCUUAGGGAGGAAGCUGGAAAGAAGAAGAAGAAGAAAAAAAAAACAAAUCAAGGGAGUCUGAGCAAUCAAAGAUAAGAUGGAGAUCUCAGGAAGCAGCAUGGUUGCAAGCUUCCACCGGACUAGCUCGGCAUGGCGGAGCGGCAGCACCAGAGAUGUCUUCUCUCGGUCCUCGAGGGAUGAGGAUGAUGAAGAAUCUCUGAAAUGGGCGGCGCUGGAGAAGCUGCCCACUUACAACAGACUGAGGAAAGGAAUACUGACCGGGGCCACGGGCGAGCGUAUGGAGAUCGACAUAGAUAAUCUUGGAUUUCAGGAGAGGAAGAAUCUGAUGGAGCGGCUGGUGAAAGUGGCAGAGGAGGACAACGAAAAGCUCCUGUGGAAACUCAAGAACCGUUUGGACCGUGUUGGAAUUGAAAAUCCAACGAUUGAGGUCCGCUUCGAGAACUUAGAGGUUAAUUCGGAAGCUUAUGUGGGAAAUAGCGGUGUUCCUACGGUCGUCAACUUCUUUGCCAACAAGAUAGAGGGGCUACUGAACUCCCUUUAUAUACUUCCAAGCAGAAAGAGACCAAUCACAAUACUUAAUGACAUCAGUGGGGUCAUUAGGCCAAGCAGAAUGACUUUGCUUUUAGGACCUCCGGGUUCUGGGAAAACUACUCUGCUCCUAGCUUUAGCAGGAAAGCUCGAUACCCGCCUCAAGGUUUCGGGUAGAGUGACUUACAAUGGCCAUGGGAUGGAUGAGUUCGUCCCCCAGAGAACAUCUGCUUACAUCAGUCAACAUGAUCUGCACAUAGGUGAACUGACGGUGAGAGAGACCUUGGCUUUCUCUGCGAGAUGCCAAGGUGUUGGAGCACGUUAUGAUAUGUUGACAGAGCUAUCAAGAAGGGAGAAGGCAGCAAACAUUAAGCCAGAUCCUGAUAUAGAUGUCUAUAUGAAGGCUAUUUCAGUAGAAGGCCAGGAAAGUGUGGUCACGGACUACAUUCUGAAGAUUUUAGGACUGGAUAUCUGUGCCGAUACUGUGGUAGGAGAUGCAAUGUUAAGGGGAAUCUCCGGAGGGCAAAAGAAGCGAGUCACGACAGGUGAAAUGCUUGUUGGUCCAGCAAGGGCACUGUUCAUGGAUGAGAUCUCUACUGGCCUGGACAGCUCCACAACUUUCCAGAUUGUCAAUUCCCUCAGGCAGUCCAUUCACAUCCUUGGGGGAACAGCACUGAUAGCUCUGCUUCAGCCAGCUCCAGAGACUUACGACCUUUUUGAUGACAUUAUUCUCCUCUCUGAAGGGCAGAUUGUGUAUCAGGGUCCACGUGAGCAUGUGCUUGAAUUUUUUGAAUCCAUGGGUUUCAGAUGUCCUGAGAGGAAAGGUGUUGCCGACUUCUUGCAGGAAGUGACAUCAAGAAAAGACCAGCAACAGUAUUGGGCAAGAAGAGAUGAACCAUACCGUUUCAUUCCUGUUAAGGAAUUUGCAGAUGCAUUUCUAUCAUUCCAUGUAGGCCGUAGGUUGGAAAUUGAACUGUCCACCCCCUUCGACAAGAGCAGGAACCAUCCAGCUGCUUUAACUACAUCAAGAUAUGGAGUUAGCAAGAGAGAAUUGCUGAAAGCUUGCCUGUCAAGAGAGUUUUUGCUGAUGAAGAGAAACUCAUUUGUCUAUGUAUUCAAACUUUUCCAGCUCUGUUUGAUUGCAACUAUUGCAAUGACGGUCUUCUUCCGUACUAAGAUGCGCCAUGAUACAACAGAGGAUGGAUUGAUUUAUAUGGGUGCGCUUUUCAUCGGUAUUAUCACUCAUCUGUUCAACGGGUUUGCUGAACUUGCAAUGAGCAUUGCAAAGCUUCCCGUCUUUUACAAGCAAAGAGAUCUCCUGUUUUAUCCUGCCUGGGCAUAUGCACUACCUGCAUGGAUACUGAAGAUUCCAAUCUCAUUCUUGGAAUGUGCUAUCUAUGUCGGCAUGAGUUAUUACGUUAUUGGUUUUGAUCCAGAUGUCCAAAGGAUGUUUAGACAGUUUUUCAUAUAUGCAUUGGUUAGCCAAAUGGCGUCUGGACUCUUUCGACUCCUGGCUGCAUGUGGUAGAGAAAUGGUUGUUGCAAACACAUUCGGUUCCUUCGCACAGCUGGUGCUUAUAGUCCUUGGAGGCUUUGUCAUAUCACGAAAGAAUAUCAAGAAAUGGUGGAUCUGGGGUUACUGGUGUUCAGCUUUGAUGUAUGCACAGAAUGCAAUAUCCGUGAAUGAAUUCCUUGGGAAGAAAUGGAGACAUGGUGUUAAUGGAACUUCUAGCAAAGAUACCUUGGGAGUCCAAAUUUUGGAGUCUCGAGGCCUUUUUACCGAAGCAAAUUGGUAUUGGAUUGGUGUCGGCGCAUUACUUGGAUAUAUUCUGGUUUUCAAUUUCCUCUUCACUGUUGCGCUUUCUUACCUUGACCCAAUUGGAAAAGGCCAAACAGUUAUAUCUGAAGAGGUGUUGAAAGAGAAGCAAGCUAACCGAAUAGGAGAAAAUGUCGAGCUGGCAACCAGAGAAAGGAACUCCAGCCAUCCAUCUGAAGGUCAGUUUAAUAAAAAAGUACACAAUCUGAUUUACAAGAACAUUUAUACUUACCUACAGAUUCACAUGACUUCAGCAAGAGGCAGUGGAAGUAGGACCACAGGGAUGGAGAUCAGCACUGAAGCCAAUCCGAACAGGAGGAGGGGUAUGGUACUUCCAUUUGUUCCACAGUCGCUCACAUUUGAUGAUGUCAAAUACUCCGUGGACAUGCCACAGGAAAUGAAAGCUCAGGGUGUGACAGAAGAUCGGUUGUUACUGCUCAAGAGUGUAAGUGGAGUAUUCAGGCCAGGAGUUCUCACAGCACUGAUGGGUGUCAGUGGAGCGGGUAAGACAACAUUAAUGGACGUGUUGGCUGGGAGAAAAACUGGUGGAUAUAUUGAGGGAAGCAUCACAAUAUCUGGUUAUCCAAAGAAGCAGGAAACUUUUGCCCGGAUAUCAGGAUACUGUGAGCAGAAUGACAUCCACUCACCCCAUGUGACAGUCUACGAGUCUCUUGUCUACUCUGCAUGGCUAAGACUACCCCCUGAAGUUGAUUCGAGCGCAAGAAAGAUGUUUAUUGAGGAGGUUAUGGAACUGGUCGAGCUCACAUCACUGAGGAAAGCAAUGGUUGGCUUGCCAGGUGUCAAUGGGCUGUCAACCGAGCAGCGCAAAAGAUUAACAAUUGCAGUUGAGCUUGUUGCAAAUCCUUCCAUAAUUUUCAUGGAUGAGCCUACAUCUGGACUAGAUGCACGAGCAGCAGCAAUUGUCAUGAGAACUGUCAGGAACACAGUAGAUACAGGACGAACAGUCGUGUGCACAAUUCAUCAACCUAGCAUUGACAUUUUUGAAGCGUUUGAUGAGCUCUUUCUUAUGAAACGAGGCGGUGAAGAGAUCUAUGUUGGCCCACUGGGGCACAACUCAUGUGAACUAAUCAAGUACUUUGAGGGAACAAGUGGAGUCGCUAAGAUAAAAGAUGGUUAUAACCCGGCAACAUGGAUGUUGGAAGUCACUACAAUGGCACAAGAACAAACUCUAGGAGUUAAUUUUGCGGAAAUAUACAGGAACUCAGAUUUAUUCAGGAGAAACAAAGCUUUGAUUCAAGAACUCAGUACACCUCCUCCUGGUUCAAAAGAUCUCUACUUCCCCACACAAUAUGCACAACCAUCCCUCAUCCAGUGCAUCGCUUGCUUCUGGAAACAGUACAAGUCGUAUUGGCGCAAUCCAUCAUACAAUGCCAUACGGUUAUUCUUUACCACAGUUAUAGCCCUAAUGUUUGGAACAAUAUUCUGGAGGCUUGGCUCUAAAACGCACACGCAGCAGGAUCUGUUCAAUGCCAUGGGAUCAAUAUAUUGUGCCGUCAUGUUUAUUGGGAUACAGAAUUCUCAAACCGUCCAGCCUGUUGUGGAUGUCGAACGGACAGUAUUCUAUAGAGAGAAGGCUGCAGGGAUGUAUUCUGCUUUACCAUAUGCAUUUGCACAGGUUGCAAUUGAAAUACCAUACACCUUGUUUCAGACAGUGCUAUAUGGGUUACUUGUGUAUAGCAUGAUAAAUUUUGAUUGGACAGCUGCCAAGUUCAUGUGGUACCUAUUCUUCAUGUUCUUCACAUUUCUUUACUUCACAUACUAUGGGAUGAUGGCAGUGGCAAUGACUCCCAAUUCAGACAUCGCUGCAGUAGUAUCCACCGCAUUUUAUGCAAUAUGGAAUCUCUUUGCAGGCUUCGUGAUUCCUCGUCCGAGGAUACCUGUAUGGUGGAGAUGGUACUUCUGGGCAUGCCCAAUUUCUUGGACCCUUUAUGGCCUGUUUGCCUCACAGUUUGGAGACAUAAAUGAGCCCAUGAACACAGGUGAACCUGUGAGUCACUUCUUAAAGAGGUAUUUUGGAUACGAACAUGACUUCUUGGGAGCAGUUGCUGCCGCAGUUAUUGGAUUUCCUUUGCUCUUUGCCAUCGUCUUUUCACUUGGAGUCAAGGUGUUGAAUUUCCAAAAGAGAUGAGAUCUCUAGCGAACACCAGAGCUUAUAUUUUUGUUAGAUGCUGGUAACACAGCUCCUCUGUUAAUGAAGAUGUGCAAGUUUUGGUAUUUGUGAUUUCUGAAAUUAUCACCAGACCCAUCAUGAUGUAAAACAAUAGAAUACUUGCUUGCUAAUACAAUCACUCAUUUGGUGUAACCUUAUGCAUUCUCAAAGGUUGAAUUUCUCCA